UAAAUCAAAUGUCCCACUUGGCUUUGGUAUAAAACUGCCAAUCGAGCUGCCCCAAAGUCAACAGAUCGAAGAUGAACGGCUUCAGCAACAAACUUAUCGGGUGUCAGAUUAAAUUCGCUCUCAUUGUCGGCCUCUUGGUAUCCUUGGCCUGGACACUUCCUGUCGACAAUGAAAAGUCUCCCCUUCCAGCCGAGGAAGAUGAUGUGACCACCGAGGAGUUCAUUGAGGCUGCCCCAGUGGUGGAGGAAGCGGGAAACCUUGGACAGCUACGCUUCCCUCCGUUUGAUAACAAUGGAACCGGAUUCUUUGAGAGAUUCGGUGAAAGGUUUAGGAACAAGUGGACAACCACUACUACCACAACUCCUCCACCACCUCCACCACCACCACCACCAGGAAAAUAAGAAUAACCAGGAGCCACUAACAGUUCUUAUUAAGAAGAUUGCCGUCCACUUUAUAUUAAUAUUUA